AGCUGCCAUAAGUGACAGAAAACAACAGAGGAACGUUUUGUGCCUGAACUGCAGCCAUGAGGACAGACAACCGACUGUAAAGAACCGAUGCAAGUUUAUCAUCAGCUCUGCGUCCAAAAGAAGUUACAACAUAAGGGUUGGACUUGCUGAUUAGGAGAAGAAGACUUCUGAAUAGAAGGGCUCCAGUGGUGCUCAUCAAGGAGAUACAUCACAUCAAUGAAGACGCCUGGCAUGGCGGUAUUCAAGCAACAGAAUGUGGACGAUUUCUAUGAAAUUGGGGAAGAACUAGGAAGUGGGCAGUUUGCAAUUGUCAAACGCUGCAUAGAGAAGAGCACAGGCGUCGAAUAUGCAGCCAAGUUCAUCAAGAAGCGUCAGAGUCGGGCCAGCAGACGUGGCGUUAAAAGAGAGGAGAUUGAGAGGGAAGUGGACAUCCUGCAGCAGCUCCAGCACAACAACAUCGUAUCUCUACAUGACGUGUAUGAGAACCGCACAGAUGUGGUGCUCAUCCUCGAACUGGUGUCUGGAGGAGAGCUGUUUGAUUUUUUGGCUCAGAAGGAAUCUCUCAGUGAAGAGGAGGCCACUCAGUUUAUCAAACAGAUCCUAGAUGGAGUCCAGUACCUCCACUCCAAGAGGAUUGUGCAUUUUGAUCUAAAGCCUGAAAACAUAAUGCUGCUGGACAGGAACCUUCGUCUACCUCGCAUCAAAAUUAUAGACUUUGGACUGGCACACAAAAUAGAAGCAGGGGCAGAUUUCAAAAACAUUUUUGGAACCCCUGAAUUUGUUGCUCCAGAGAUAGUCAACUAUGAGCAACUGGGAUUGGAGGCAGACAUGUGGAGCAUCGGAGUCAUCACAUAUAUACUUUUGAGCGGUGCGUCUCCUUUUCUCGGUGACACGAAGCAGGAAACGCUGGGAAACAUCUCGGCGAUGGACUACGAGUUUGACGACGAGCUGUUCAGCAAUACAAGCGAGCUGGCCAAGAGCUUCAUCAGUCAGCUCCUGGUGAAGGACACGAGAAAACGGAUGACCAUACAAGAGGCCGUCAACCAUCACUGGAUUAAGUCCUGCGACCACAUGGAAGAGGAAAGCACUGCCCCUGAGGCUGAGAAGAAAGUGGAGCAGCUGAAGACUGAGCGGCUAAAGGAGUACACCAUCCAGUCCCAUUUCACUAUGCCCCAGAACAACACGUACGCCAACUUUGAGCGUUUUGCACAUGUGGUGGAGGACCUCAGUCUGAUGGAGACAAGGCUGUCAGAGGUGUCAGAAGCACGGCACACUCUGCAGGGCGAUGUAGAGGCGCUCCUGUCCAUCUACAACGACAAGGAGGCCUGGUACAAGGAGGAGAGCGAGACUGCAAGGAAGCAGCUGUCUCAAGUCCACUAUGAGUUCCGUAAAGUGGAGGCAACCAGGAGGCUGCUGCAGGAGGACGUGAAGAUUAUCGAUGCCAGUCUGGAGAGCAUCAGUGGGAAGUACAGCCACAGGGAGAGUCAGCUGGACGCUCUGAGGCAGGAGCUGAACUCUGAGCUGCAGUGGCUACAGGAGGUGAUGAGCCCUCUGCAUCCUGAAGGAGCCAACGGCAGCAUCCUCAGCAGCAGCAUGAACACGGACGUGAGGCAGUGUACACCAGUCCUGCAGGAGGCAGCUGCAUCCUGAGGACAAACAGACACUCACAGAGUCUGGCUAACUAACUCUUAUUGACCUUAAACAUCUUUUGAAAAUGUUCAACCCCUUUUUUUUUAGCUGCACAAACGUUCGAAUGUAUAUGUGAAUGUAGUCUUUACAUUUUCUUUCUUUAUAUAUUUUUAUUUUCUUGAUUGAACUCUGUAAUAAGAUUCUUUUAAAAAAUAUAUCUGUAAGAGUAGGAAGAUUAAAACAAGGAAAUAUGCUUUUUUUCAUUUUUGUUUAAAGUUAGAUGUAAAGAUGGAUGGUACUUUUGUAUCUGUUCAGUAACUUUCAAGGUACAGGCAGAAGAUGAUAAUCUUUGCUGCGUUCAAAUACUGAAAACAGUGGGAAACGGCUAGCCUUGCUCUAAAUAAAAAUAUAUAAUCUUAAAUUAGCAUAAUUGUGGCACAAUUGUUGUAAAAUCUAAGUGAUACUUACUGAUGAUGAUGCUCUUAUUUGAUUGAGCAGGUUUGAAGUCAUAAAUAUUAGUCAUGAAAGUGUUUACUGUGCAAGGGCCAGAGGAGGACACAGGAUUACACAUCCAGUUGUUAUUGAAUGUAUCAAAAGGGAUUUAUUUUUUAAUUGAUUUAUUUUUUUAUUAUUUUCCAAUUAUAGGAAUGUGUAUUGAUUUGCAUAUUGUCUAUUUCACAAAGGUUAUGCAUUUGUAAAGUUAAAUGUGUUAUUGUAUUAAUUAGUUUUUCUUAACGAUUGUUUUAACAGAUGUAAUGUGCACUUUUACUAAUAAUUUAAUUGAAUUUAUUUAUUUUUAAAAACGUUUGCACUUCUUUCUUGGAGAUAUUUUGUGAGAUGACAGGAAAUACAACAUCUAUGAUAAGACAACAUGUGUUUCACAAUGUGUCACCUCUUUAUCAGUGUCAACAGAUGUACAUGACUGACACUUUUUGGACUUUGAUGUGCACACUGACAUUUUUCAAUGUUGUCUAAAAAAAGGAAAUAAAUUAUCACCAUUUUA